AGUUGUUCUGUUGGAGCAACAGGUAAAGCGAGACUCUUUUGCACCAUCAUUAAAUACUCUGUGGUAGACUGCUUAGACGUUAGCACGUGCAGCUACGUUAUUUCAAAAGGAAAAACUUAAUCAACAUCGUAGUUUAAUUCAAGAGAAAAUUUUCGGUGUGAGUUCGAAAUUUAGUUUGAUUUUUGGUAUUUUUAGCGUAAAAAAAUUGUGUCAGUUUUGAACUCGCCGGUUGUUUUUCGCUAAUGGAGUUCCAUCGAAAUAAACUUGAAUGAAGCGUUGAAAGAGACAUUUUGCUAGAAGUUUUCAUUGAACUGGUUUCGUUUAAUAUCAAGAAUCAACUUGAGUAGCAGCGACGACGGCGACGGUGGCAGAAAGAGAAGAACAACAAAAAUCCAAAAUAUUUACGAUACUUAUUCACAGAACACAAUACAAAAAAGAAUCCGCUCCAAAAUGUGGAGCUCACACAGAGAUCCUACGAGGUUGUGGGAUCUAAAAAUCAUUUAUAUAAUCUCUAGUUUUAUGAUUAAUUUAGUAUUAGCCGGUAACGAAAUAUGGCCACUAGAUCGACCCGAUGGAAUGCCAACGAUAAAUUCUUUAGAAGUUAUGUGUGGUAAGGAUCAUAUGGAUGUUCAUCUAUCAUUUUCGGCACCAUUCGAUGGCAUUGUGAGCUCAAAAGGUCAGCACUCCGAUCCGAGAUGUAUUUAUGUGCCACCGUCAUCGGGAAAGACAUUCUAUGCAUUUCGGAUAGCGUAUGCACGGUGUGGUACGAAACCUGAUCUGAACGGUCAAUUUUACGAGAAUACAAUUGUCAUUCAAUACGACAAAGAUUUGCUUGAAGUAUGGGACGAGGCGAAACGACUCCGAUGUGAAUGGUUCAAUGAUUAUGAAAAGACCGCAUCAAAACCACCGAUGGUCAUCGCCGACUUGGACGUUAUCCAAUUGGACUUCAGAGGUGACAACGUUGAUUGCUGGAUGGAAAUACAGAGUGGCAAAGGACCGUGGGCUCCACCCGUGAGUGGAAUUGUACCAAUUGGAUCGACACUUACACUUGUUGUUGCUAUUAACGACUUUCGAGGUGAAUUCGAUAUGCGUGUAAAAUCGUGUAUAGCGUCAGACGGUUCAGGACACAUUAUAAAUCUAUCCGAUGAAUACGGUUGUGUUUUGCGACCAAAGAUGAUUUCACGAUUUUUGAAAGCCCGACAACCCGAUGAAAAAGCAACGGUCAUAACAUACGCAUUUUUCCAUGCUUUCAAAUUCCCGGACGCUUUAAGUGUGCAUAUCAAAUGUAAAGUGGAAAUUUGCCGUCACGGAUGUUUGGACCAUUGUCAAGCGAGCGGCAGUAAUGAGCGUCAUGAUAUAAUUGAACAGGAAAUGAUUGAACCAUCGAUCGAACGUGAAAGCAAUCAUUUGGAAUCCGACCACCGCAACACGAUUCAUGAAAAUAACGAACCGGACAGUGACAUCGAUGAUGAAGAUGUGGAAGAAACAUCAUUCUACGAUCAAAUCGCUGAGGUUGUUGGACUGAAGAGCAAGGGCAAUUCAAAGGAAGUACCGAACAGUGCCGAAAAACAACAGCAGCAACAUCAACACGGUCCGAUGGUCGAGCAACCAGAGGCUAUUAUUCAUCAGAAACAACAACAGCAAAUGAAACAGCAUCAACAGCAACAGAUCCAACAACAAAUUCAGCAACAACAACUCAAACAACAGCAGCAGCAACAGCUCCAACAACAACAGCUUAAGCAGCAACAGCAACAGCAAAUCCAACAGCAGCAGCUUCAACAACAACAACAAUUUAUCCAAAAUCAACAGCUUCAACAGCAACAGCAGCAACAAGAACAAGAACAGCCACCACAGUCCCAAGCACCACACUUUAUUCGCACGGAACAUGAUCUGCCACAAGCUCAAGCUCAAAUCAAUGAAUUACCGUUGAAUCAACAGCAACAGCCACAGCAACAGAAAGAUGUGCCCGAAAUCCAGGAGGUGCACGACGUUCAUGACGAUAUAAUUGAUGACAUUCUGCCACAAGACCAACCAAUGCACGAAAUGUUACGGCAAGCAUACCUCGAGGCGAAGAAAGCGCAAGCCGAAAAAGCAGAGAAAUUCCCACAAGGACCACGAAACUUUGGAAAAGAUCGCAUGGGAUUGCCACCAAUGGCGGGACCAAGAUCACUGAAUCUCGGCGAAGAGGUGCGACCAAUUUUCCGUACAUUUACCGCUAAUAAUCGUACAUAUCGCGCUCGACACCGGCGAUCGGUCGUUGUUUCCGAUCGUCAGGCGCGCAGUGCAGAUAUCGGUGUGACCGGUGUGUUUGACGUCAUUUCUGAAGCCGAUUUGGCCUUUAGCCCACGUGACGGAAAACCAGAAACGGAAACCGUUUUCCAAGGAAAAAUCGCCGAGGAAGUCGUUUAUGGUAUUUGUAUGCCAGUACCUGGUUUCAGUAUUCUCUUCAUUUUGGUUACAUCAGCAACCGUUGUUUCGGCUCUGAUCGCUGGCUCAUUACUCUAUCGCUAUCAAUUACAAAAGGCUGCAUUUGAAGCACAAAAUAGCAACAUGAAUCCCAACACUUUUGCCUCUUGGAUGACUCUUCGACUAUUCCGCAUGAACAACAUGCACGCAUGCGAUGCUGGGAAUCCAGGCUUAACGACUGGGGAAUAGGGAAAUCCAUCCAAUAAAGUUUGAAGCGAAUAAGAGUCAUGCCACCAAAACACUGUAAGAAUUUCCAUGACUUUUGACUGAAUCGACUGCAAUAUCAACAAAUAAACGCAAAUAAGCAUUUGCCGGAAAUUAGAGAAAUCGAUGAAGCAGAGAAAAACGACAUAAAAAACACUUUAGUAAUUUGAGUAGCAAAACCGCCAAAGCAUUUCACUCUGGCCAAUCACCAGUUUAUAAUUCAAUUUAAAAAGAAAAAAUACGGAAUAAAACAAUUGUCGGGGAACAACGGAAAAGAAAGCAAUAAUCAAAAACUAAAGAGAUUAAGCCCUAACUUCUAAACAGAAUCCAUAAUUCGUAAGCAGCAUAUAGAGCGAGAGUUUUUAAUGCUUCCGUAUGAUUCGUACUUGGUAUAACCAUUGAUGUUGUUAUCAUUACGUUUGUUUUGCCCAUAGAAAUGUACUUAAUUUAUUUAUUGAUUGUAGACUUUAAUAUAUCGAUGAAUUUUAGAAUAGCUAAUCUCUUCGAAAUUCAUUUGAAAAAAAAAAUCUAUUGAUGAAACAAUGACAAUCAAAUGAUAUGUUUGAAGGCAUUGUUACUAGUCUUUCCUUUGUAAAAAACAUUAGAGAUGCUCCAUUCAUUCGCAAGAAUUUGUGUUCAGUCCUUCAAUUUUGAUUUCCUUCUAAAACCUUCACAUGGCUACAGCCAAUCAAUGAUCAAGCAACAUUAUUUGAAAUUCAAAAUAGCAUCUUGUAUUAAUUACGGAUUCCACAGAAAAUACAUUUAAUUUAUUGGAAUAUGGAUCAUCUUUGGAGUUUCUGAUUUGUAAUCCGAAAUUUGGAAUACAUCUGUUCGACGCAUCAGCAUCAAUUCUUAGGAAAAUUGGGUGAUUCAAUCUUAUUCUUCCAAAUUUCUUGAACAAUCAUGAAAUUCUAUUGAUGGUACACACACACACACAUUUGUUAAAAUAUUCCUACGUCCAGAAAAAUAGUGAAAAAAAAAUUAAAAAUAUUGUUCAUAUUAUAUCGCUUUUUAGUAAUGUAAUUGAGAGCUAUUUAUUUGGAAAUCAUUUAUAAAAUCAUACAUUUGUAGCGAUCUUUUGUUUAAGGAAAAUUUAUAUAGAGACAAAUAAAAGUAAUUAGAAAAA